AUGAAUUCCACAACGAGAAGUUCAAAGGAGUUACUCCGUCUGCAGAAGGAGUUAAAAGACAUUGAAAAUGAGAACGUGCAAGAAAUAGAUGCCCACGUGAAGGACUCCAACAUUUCGGAGUGGGUUGGUUUUAUCAAGGGUCCAUCGGGGACUCCCUAUGAAGAUGGGCAUUUUAUCUUAGACAUAACUAUACCGAAUGAUUACCCGUAUAACCCACCCAAGAUAAAAUUUCAAACCAAAAUAUGGCACCCCAACAUUUCAAGCCAAACAGGGGCAAUCUGUCUGGACGUUUUAAAAAACGAAUGGAGUCCCGCAUUGACAAUUAGAACUGCACUUUUGUCUAUUCAAGCACUGCUGUCAGAUCCGCAACCAGACGAUCCCCAAGACGCAGAAGUGGCAAAAAUGUACAAAGAGAACUAUUCCCUUUUUUUAAAAACAGCCAGUGUGUGGACGAAGACUUUUGCCACCGGACCGAAACUCGAACCAAGAGAAGUCAUUAUUAAGAAGAUCACCGAAAUGGGAUUUACGGAGGACCAGGCGAAGAAUGCCUUAAUAAAUGCCGACUGGAAUGAAACACUGGCGCUAAACACCCUCCUGGAAAAUUCAUAA